GGAAGUGGCUUUGGUGAGUCGAAGAAGCUGGAAUCUGAAGACUGAGCUCUAACGCAGCUACACCGGCCGUCUCUAGUCGACCCCCGCACGCAUUCCGCCACUUGUCCCAUUCGGCGUACAUGCUGGGCGGCUUCCCGGUCGCUCGAGGCAGACACUUUUUCCCGGAUUGGACCGUUUCACAGCGCCAGACAUGGCUUCUCUGACGCAGAGAACCUCAGGCCUCGUCCAGCGGCGGACCGAGGCCACCCGUAGUGCCGCCGCCGACAAGGAGAGGGAACCCGACCCCGAGGAAGAGGACGCGCGUCGCGGCGAGGAGGACGAGGACGACAAGGGGGACUCAAAGGAGACCCGACUCACGCUCAUGGAGGAAGUGCUACUCCUGGGCCUCAAGGACCGAGAGGGUUACACAUCAUUCUGGAACGACUGCAUUUCGUCCGGCCUCCGAGGCUGCAUGCUUGUCGAGCUGGCUCUCCGGGGGAGGCUCCAGCUGGAGGCCUGCGGCAUGAGGAGGAAAAGUCUGCUCUCCAGAAAGGUGAUCUGCAAGUCUGAUGCGCCAACUGGAGAUGUGCUUCUGGAUGAGGCCUUGAAGCACAUUAAAGAGACUCAGCCUCCCGAGACGGUGCAGAGCUGGAUAGAGCUACUGAGCGGUGAGACGUGGAGUCCUUUUAAGCUGCACUACCAGCUGAGGAAUGUCCGGGAACGACUGGCCAAAAACUUAGUUGAGAAAGGCGUCCUCACCACCGAGAAACAGAAUUUCCUGCUUUUCGACAUGACCACUCAUCCGCUCACCAACAGCACCAUCAAACAGCGGCUGGUGAAGAAGGUCCAGGACUCGGUUCUGGAGAAGUGGGUGAAUGACCCUCACCGCAUGGACAAGCGCUUGCUUUCUCUGAUCCUGCUGGCGCACUCUUCGGACGUGCUGGAGAAUGCCUUUGCGCCCCUCCAGGACGAGCAGUACGACCUGGGCAUGAAGAGGGUGCACACGCUCUUGGAAUUGGAGCCCGAGAAAGAGAGCGCCAAGCCUAGCGCCAAUGAACUCAUGUGGGCCGUGGUGGCUGCCUUCACCAAAUGAGGAGGAAAAAACAAUAUUUCCUCUUUUUUUUUUUUUUGUUCUUUUUUUAAAGUGACCGAUGCAGUUGGACCUGGAUUGAUUUCUGAAGGACGUCAAAUCCGUCAAAAAAGACUAAAGAGACAAUCUAAUUCAGGUCGGGGUAGCCAUUUUGUGCGGUCCGCGUUGUUAGUAUCCUAGUGCAAUCUCCAUCGGUGGUGGGCGUCACCUGGUUCAAGGAAAGGGUUAGCUUGGGAACUGAAUGAACCCUACAGUAAACACGGCGGGAGAAAAUGGACGCUGUCGUCAUGGUGACUUAUGAAGGAAGCGUCAUGUACCUGCCUUGAUGGCGAACAUUCAGCCAAUCACGAGGCGGACGACUACGGAAAUCCGUUUUAACAUUUUGUCAACAUCCUUGAUAACAAGCUCAAAGUCCAUGUACUAGUCCGCGCUUCGUCCUCACUAAAGGAAGAUAAGUUGGCGCACCAGUAUGACGAGUACGGCGUGGAGUCUUUGGUUAAAAGUAGUGCUUUGCUGAGAUCUUGUGGAACCUGUAGGCAGUUGGAAUCCUUUUGGAAGUCAAGAGGGGUGGGGGCGUCUGAUGAAUGGUGUUGAACUUGAAACACUAAUGCCUUCCACCGCUGUAUGACAUUUCAAUAAAAUAGUAGGUCAACUAAGGCAUACUUGUCGGACUGUUACUAGUGAAGGGAGAACUAUAUCAAUAUAUCAAAGUGGGGAAUUUGGCACUACGAUUAGCAGGACCGGGACGUUCCCACUUGUUAGGCCUGAUAUUGUGACUACUGCAACCAAUUAGUUUACUAAUACAGUUUCAUUGUGCUCUGGUUGUACUGGUUGCACAAGUAGUACUUGUGUGAAAUACUCAACCAAUAAUUAGUAAGGCGACUCUGCUAGUGGGCGCUACUCGUUUUACUUGUGCCCUGAAUUGUCUUAUUAUUGAGGGCAAAGAACGUACUAGUACAUGGACCUUGUACCAGCAAAUUAAUGCUCUAAUGGCUUGCCAUAGAAGACCGACCUUUCCCAUGAUGCCGCUUCCUGAUACAGUAUACGUUUAUAAUUUUUUUUUAAAGUUUGAUUUCCCUUCGCUCGCGGCAUCUAAACAAGAUAUACACAAUUGGGCGUCCACUUCUGCUUCUUCUCGUAGUUUUGCCAUUUAUCAAGUGUUUUUUGCACAGCUUCGUAGCUAGUCCAGAAAGUUGAGGGGUAUGGCCCUUUGACGCUGUAGAAAAAAUGAAAUAUUUUAUAUGCAGCUACUGAUGACAAGUGAGUCAUUCCACAAAGCGGAGAGCGUCAGGCAGACUUCUUGCGUUUUAAAACAAAAUGAUGACCAUUCAUGAUUAUUUACCUUCAUUUUGACACGUUCGUCUAAGCAGAUGCGAAUUGGCAUCCCUCGCUGUGACGUUUUAGUUCAGUCGAGUUCAGGCGUCAUUUUCGCACGUGCUAUAACUGCUUCAAGGCGACGAAACGGAACCUCCAAAGUCCGCACUAACAAAUUCUUCUCUCGAUCCCUUACGUUCAAAAUUAUAUCCAAUGGCAGUAAGCACAAAAAAAACAAACAUAAAAAACAGUAAACCUGUUUUUCAGCAAGCAGCGGUUACAAAAGUAUGCAAACAGGUGAAGGACUGAAUCGAGAGAAGGCGCGGGAACACAUUCAAUGUUUGAAUCAAACUGAUAUAAAUGUUUACUAUAAUAGUCUCUUGAGAUUCAGCUGUGUUGGUAAAAGUGCACAAGGCGGUUAGCAUGAACAACUUCAAGCUGUUACUAGCUAGCCUAUCUAUGUCUUUACUCUGUCUCCAUCAAGCAGUCAGACUUAAAACGUGUGGCACUAGUUACAACAGGAGAUCUUAAAAAAAAAAAAAGCUGCCCCAGUUCAGAGUGAAAACAUAAAGUACAAAUUUAUGGAAGUAAAAACAAAAAUUACACAUGGCUACUUGUUAUCACAAGACAAAAUUACCGGGACACAAUCCCAAAAUUUUGGGAUUGCUGAGGUGGGGGGGGGGGGGGGGGGGCUUGGAACGCUAACAUGCUCACUGUCACACAUGACGAAACAACCGCUAAUGUAUUCGAAAAUUGAUCAAAACAAAGUGCAUUUGGGGGUUAGCGCGAGAUGCUAGCGUAGCGAGUCUACCUAUUGACAUACUGCUCCCCCUGACACACGAAGUGCAUAUCUUGGCUAAUGUGAGAAGCUAAUAUAUUAUGUCUUGGCUUACUUUCUUACAUUUUUGGGAUUUUGGAGGUUCCACUGUACUUUUAUUUUAAUUUUUGGCUGUUUUUUGGGGGGUGGGGGUUGACAAUCACGCGCUAUCUCUACAAACAGGCCCAACAAAGUUAAAAGAUCAACAAAAGGGACCUCCAUUUUUUUAUUUUUGGUUUCUGUUAUGGUGCAGGGCUGACAAAAAAGAGGAUUUCCAGCUGUUUGGUGGUAUUUAUGUUCUUCCAUUCCCGCACAGCAACACCCAAAGGCGAAAGAAGGGAGGAAUGGAUGUUUGCAUGCAACAGGCAGAUGUAGCUCCAGAAGAAGAUGGCGUCCUCUGUGUAAUAAUUCUAUUGAUUAGUAGUCAUUUUAUGUGUACAAGCUAACGGAAUUGUACAAAAAAGGGAUCUCUCCUAUCCCCUCUAUCUGUAUGCUUUUGUAUUACCACAUGAAAAUAAAGUAAAAGAUUCUUUUAAGUGCCUGAAUUUA